CCCCGCUGCGGGCCCAGGGGCCUGGCUGCGGGAUCCGUGCGCAGCGAUGGCGCGGCCGCCCCGGCAGCGCUCGGGGGCCUGGACGCCGCUGCUCCUGCUGCUGCUCGCCGGGCCCGCCACCUGCGCCGCCAGCCCCGCGGACGACGGCGCGGGGCCUGGGGGCCGGGGGCCCCGGGGCCGCGCGCGGGGCGACGCGGGCGGCGAUGAGGGGGUGCCGCGCCACGACUCCUCCUACGGCACCUUCGCGGGGGAAUUCUAUGACCUGCGCUACCUCUCGGAGGAGGGUUACCCUUUCCCUACUGCUCCUCCUGUGGAUCCAUUUGCCAAAAUCAAAGUGGAUGACUGUGGAAAAACUAAGGGAUGCUUUAGAUAUGGCAAACCAGGCUGUAAUGCAGAGACCUGUGACUACUUCCUCAGCUACCGCAUGAUAGGGGCUGACGUGGAAUUCGAGCUGAGUGCAGACACAGAUGGCUGGGUAGCCGUGGGAUUCUCUUCAGACAAGAAAAUGGGUGGUGAUGAUGUCAUGGCCUGUGUCCACGACGACAAUGGUAGGGUCCGCAUCCAGCACUUCUACAAUGUAGGCCAGUGGGCCAAGGAGAUCCAGAGGAAUCCGGCCCGAGAUGAAGAGGGCGUCUUUGAGAACAAUCGUGUUACCUGCAGGUUUAAACGCCCUGUGAAUGUUCCCAGAGACGAGACAAUCGUGGAUCUGCACUUGAGCUGGUAUUACCUGUUUGCCUGGGGUCCAGCCAUUCAGGGCUCUAUCACACGACACGAUAUAGACUCACCUCCAGCUUCAGAGCGUGUUGUCAGUAUUUACAAAUAUGAAGACAUUUUCAUGCCAUCAGCUGCCUAUCAGACCUUCUCAUCUCCAUUCUGUUUGCUUCUCAUUGUCGCCCUGACCUUCUACUUACUGAUGGGAACCCCUUAACCACAGCUACAAGGCCAACAGAGUAAAUGGAUUGGAACGUCUUUGGUAGAAAAGUAUUUUUAAAGAAUAUCCAAUAUAAUCUCAGCUUCUGUUAUUUGGCCAACACCUUGAAUGACUGCAGCUUUUUGGAAGAAGGGAUAAGCUUCUUUUCCAGUUAAAGAGGAUUGUUUCACAGUGACCCCAUGCUUUUGAAAGUACUUACAACUUUUCCAAGCACUUUCAGCUAACGUUUUCUUAAGUGAGUUUCACCGCUUGAUGAAAAUUACUUUUGCCAUCUUACUCAAUGGAAUGUGAGACCCAGAAAGGCUGCUUGUUCACACGGCUUCUUGGUCACCUAACACACACCAAGGUCGAGAAAGAGCUGGACUCAGGAAUCUCGUGUCCAGUCUUGACUGAGUACUACAGUGUGAGAGAGGUACUUGGAGUGUUGCUAGGGGAAAUUCCACUGGGUGUCACAAGUUCACAGUCAGCCUUUUGGGCAGCAGUUUCAGAUUUCCAUAAAGCAUAAGUGCUUUUGGCUAUAUACACAGAUGAUGCGGGGGAGGGGAAGAUUAUAGUGAUAUUAAAAUGAUUCCUAUUUAUUUGAAAGUCCUUCUCUAAUAGUGAGUAGCACUUUAUUGCUGUUCAGAAAGGUCAGAAACAGAACUACAUAUGUUCCUGAAGAUGUGAAAUUAUGUUAAUAAUUUUUAAAAAGUUGGGACUUUUAACUGGAUUUGGACUCUUCUACCACUGUAUUCUUUUUUUUUUUUUUUAAGAUUAUUUAUUUGAAAGGCAGAAUUACAGAGAGAAGGAGAGACAGAGAUCUUCCAUCUGCUGUUCACUCCCCAAAUGGCCACAAUGACCAGGGCUGGGCAAGGCUGAAACCAGGAGCCAGGAGCUCCUUGCAGGUCUCCCACAUAAGUGGGGGGCCUAAGCACUUGGGCCAUCUUUCACUGCUUUUCCCAGGUCACUAACAGGGAUCUGGAUUGGAAGUGCAGCAGUAUGGGGUUCUGACAUGGAAGGUGGCGGAUUAGCCCACUGCACUACAACUCCGGCCCCAACCACUGUAUUUUAUAAACUAUAGUUUGCAUUUGUGGUUACAUCCAAUUCUUUUUUUUUUUUUUAAAGAUUUAUUUAUUUGAAAGUUAGAGUUACAGGUAUGGAGGCGGGGAAAGAGAAAGGGAGAGAGAGAUCUUCCAUCUGUUGGUUCACUCCCCAAAUGGCUGCAAUUGUCAGGGCAGCACCAAGCUGAAGCCAGGAGCCAGGAAUCUCUUCCAGGUCUCCCAUGUGGGUGGCAGGGGCCCAAGCACUUGGACCAUCUUCCUCUGCUUUUCCAGGCACAUUAGCAGGGAGCUGGAUCAGAAGUGGAGCAGCCAGGAUGCAAACUGGCGCCCAUAUGGGAUGACAGCAUUGCAAGUGGUAGCUUUACCCACUAUGCCACAGUCCAGUCCCUACACCAAAUUCUGUUUUCAGAGUCAGCAUAAUGUUAAAUAUGAUUGAAUAUGAUAAAUCAUCUUCAUAAAAGUAAUUCAUUUUAAAAAUAAAUCAGCAUUUUUUGAGACUAUAGAGAUUUGGAGUAGAAAUUUUAUUAAGACUAUUUUUUUUAAUUACAAAAAGGGGAUAUGACCUUGAAAUGAAUUUACCUAGAGUGUCCAUUCACAGUGUUCAGACUUGUAAAGUGAACUAGCAGUCAGCACAAUUCAUACCAGUGCUUUGAUAUAAUGCAUUUGCUUUUUCCAAAGGAGCCCAAAUACUCUGUUGUUCCAGAUGUCUGUGCUAACAGCCCCUGAGGAGAGGUACCCAUGAGUAUAGUCACAUGGCCGAGGCACUGCCAUUGUGGCUUCUAUAAUUCUCUGGCUUGCCCCAUUGCUUUCAAGCUGGAUUCAACUCCAUGAUUUUUGUGAUGAAAGAAUAGUGAGGACUGGGAUUUUUUUUCCAUUUUCUGGAAAUCUUUAAUUCUGUUUAAAAAAUGUUUUUAAUUUUAAUUUUUAAUUAGUUUUUAACAGCUUCGAUGUGAUUUGUAGAUAUAAUUCUAAGAACAUAAUUGAUUUCUUUUUUAAUUUUUUUAAAAGAUCUAUUAUUUAUUUGAAAGGCAGAGUGAGAGAGGGAGAGAGAGAGACAGAGAGAGAUUUCCCACCCACUGGUUCAUUCUCCAAAUGCCAACAACAGAUGGGGCUGGACCAGGCCAAAGCCAGGAGCCAAGGACCCUUUCUGGGUCUCCCAUGUGGACAGCAGGGACCCAAGUACCUUGGCCAUCACCCACUGCCUCCCAAAUGCAUUAGCAGGAAGCUGGAGCAGAAACCCAGAGGAGUCUGGACUUGAACCAGGCACUCCAGUGUGGGAUGUGGGUGUCCCAGGCUGAGAUUUAACCCGCUGCGCCACGAGCCUGCCCCAUGGAGACUGACUUCUAAUGCCAUGCUUGAGAAUCAUGUCAGAAGUGAGUGUUCUCCUGUGGGGAGAGCUUUCAAAUUUUUCUGGACCUGACCCAAAAUAAGAAAACCAACACUGCUUUGUGACAUUGCACAGUUGCCAAGUGCUUCUGAGGGUGGUAGAAAUACUCCUCAUUGCAGAUGGUGAGAUUCAGUAACAUCGGUGAGUGAUGGGACUCAUGUCGUCAGGUUCAAGUCUGUGGUUCCACCUGACUCCCAUUGCCUCUCCACUAGGCGCCCUGGGUAUGACUGAGUAUGACCUGUGUAUCGCCUUCUCACCUAUCCUGGCUGUUUAGAGUGAAGAUAUGUGGUAUGCAGCCACCCGCAUUGUAAAUAAGAAAGCAGAUAUUUUUGUAUUUUACUCUUUUAUGUGUAUAAUAUAUGCUAUAAAUAGGUUAAAAGAGCGACUUCAGCUAGUAGCAGGCAGGGGAAGCAAUAUAUGAAUGGAGUUUCCUUCUGCUUGUAUUUCAAAUCAAGCUUAUUAUUUUCAUAUAGUUGUUUCUAAUUUGAUUACCAGCUUUGCAUGCUUAGAACUUUUGUUGACUUCUUAAUUCUAUUAAGGUGAAAUGUAAACCAUUUAAACAGGUUUUUUUUUUUAAACAUUUAUUUAUUUGAAAGUCAGAGUUACAGAGACAGAGGGAGUGACGGAGAGAGAGAGAGAGAACUCUUCUAUCUCUCUGGUUUGCUCCCAGAUGGCUGCUAUGGCCUGGGGUGAGCCAAGCCGAAGCCAGGAGCUAGAAACUCCAUCUGGGUCUGCCACGUGGAUGGCAGGUACCCAGACACUUUUACCCUCUUCCAUGUUUUCCCCAGGCCAUUAGAAGGGAACUGGAUCAGAAGUAGAGCAGCCAGGACAUGAACUGGGAUGCUGGCAUCGUAGGUGGCAGCAGUACACACUAUGCCAUAAUGCUGGCCCCAAUUUAAACAAUUUUUAAAAUGUGUUUGAGAGAGAGAGACAGACAAACAGAGAGAGUUUCCAUCCACUAGUUCACUCCCAAAUGCCUGCAAGGGCUGGAGCUGGGCCAGGUUAAAGCAGGAAGCUGGGAAUUCCAUCUGGGUCUCCCACAUGAGUGGUAGAGACCUAACUACUUGAGCCAUCACCUGCUGCUUCCCAGAGCGUGCAUCAACAGGAAGCCAGAAUUGGGAGCAGAGCUGGGAUUUAGACACAGGUGCUCCAAUGUCGGAUGUAGGUGGCCCAGCAGCAUCUUAACCACUGAGCUAAACCCCAGCCCCUUGCAAACCAUUUUGAUGGUCUCCAGUGCCAUCUUUUACUGCCUGUCCUCACCUGCUGUGUCCCAGCAAGGCUAAAGGGCCCUCGCUUCUUCAGACCUGCUCCCUCUCCCCUCUCAUUGUGUUCCCUGUGUUUGAACAGUUCUCUUCUUCCUGUGCUGAAUGAACUCCUAUUCAUCUUUGAGGUCACAGCUUAAAUAUUGCAUCCUCCAGCGCCUGGGACUGUGUAAGUUCAGGUCACUGAUAAGUGUUCCCAUAGCACACUGGGCUCUUCCUCAUACGUCACUAUAACCACUGUCUCAUCUUCCCUCCUAAUUCCCUAGUGCAGGGACUGCGUCUUAAUCCUCAUCACUGUAGCCAACACUUCUCUAAAGUAGGGACUCAGCAAACAUUUGUGGAAUAAAUAAAUAGAUGAGGGUAUCUUUCUAGCACAAGUGUGUUUGCUUCAGAAGGCUUGUAUCUCAUAUACAUUACCAAACUUACCAACAUUUUUUUUUUUAAUAAUUUGAGAAGCAGAGAGAGCUCCUAUCUACUGGUUCAUUGCCCAAAUACCUACAAUGGCUGAGAGUAGGCCUGGGUUGAAGCCAGGAGUGGGGAACUCAAUCCCAGUCUCCCACUUUAGUGGCAGAAACCCAACUGCUGCGAUCUGAACUGCCAUCUUAACUUCUAGACCAAAUGUCCAUCGCUGGCCAACAUUUUUAUGUUCUUCCACCUGUGAUCAAACCAUACAGCAGUCUUUCAGCCAACACUGAACUUUGUCUUUUGAAACGUAGAUUCUCAGCAACAUACAGUUUUGUCUGCAGUCGACAUGUGUUGGCAUUUUUAAUAGAAAUAGCUGUUCAGAAGUAAGAGUCUGCAGACCAAGGAUGUGGAACAGUGUGUGACCAUCAUCUCAGAGAAUCAUCAGUUGAGAGACAUGCUGAAGUUAGAAUUCUAUAGAUGUAAAUUCCAUUCAUUCCUCUCUAACAGAAGAGAAUCAUCUUGUCUUUUACUUCUACAUUCCCAUUUUCGGUUAUAGUACUUGUCACAAAGGGACAGGCCCAUCCGGCAUGUUUUACAAAAUGCCUAAACAGAAAAAUAAUCAUGCUAGCAAAAACGAUUUAGUGCUGUUCUAAGCACUAUAUAUGUGUUAACUCAUUUACUCUCACAGCAAUGAUAGAUUCUGUUAUUAACCAGUUUUUUUUUUUUUUUUUUUUUUGACAGGCAGAGUUAGACAGUGAGAGAGAGAGACAGAGAGAAAAGUCUUCCUUUUUCUGUUGGUUCACCCCCCAAGUGGCCACUACGGCCGGUGCGUUGUGGCCGGUGCGCCGAUCCAAAGCCAGGAGCCAGGUGCUUCCUCCUGGUCUCCCAUGUGGGUGCAGGGCCCAAGGACCUGGGCCAUCCUCCACUGCACUCCUGGGCCACAGCAGAGAGCUGGACUGGAAGAGGGGCAACCGGGACAGAAUCUGGCGCCCUGGUUGGGUCUAGAACCCGGUGUGCCAGCGCCGCAGGUGGAAGAUUAGCCUAGUGAGCUGCGGUGCCAGCCUAUUAAUCCAGUUUUACAGAUGGAAAAACUGAGUGUAGUCACUUGGCAUAGAUUAUUAGUGCAGCAAAGAGUUGAGAGACCAUUGAAUCCUCUGCACUUAUUUUCCAAGGUGGGCAGCAGAGGCCAAGGAAGGUGAUAUUAUUUCCUAUCCUUUCAUGUAUCUUCAUGUCUUCAUGCAUGUUCAUUAGAAAUUUUAUUACAUGGAACCCAUUGUCCAUACUGAUUUUAGCUAGGUACAAUCUACCCCAUUUUAGUUAUUUACAAUGGAUGGGAGAACUUCCUAUUGUCAUAUCUGGGGAAAGUAGCACUUUUUCUUUUUGGUAUCUGCUUUGCUGUUUAAAAACAUUUUUUGUUUUAAAGAUUUAUUUUAUUUAUUUGAAAGUCAGAGUUACACAGAGAGAGGAAAGGCAGAGAGAGAGGUCUUGCAUCCGUUGGUUCACUCCCCAGAUGGCCACAACGGUCGGAGCUGUGCCGAUCCGAAGCCAAGAGCCUGGAGAUUCUUCUGGCUCUCCCACGUGGGCACAGGGACCCAAGGACUUGGGCCAGCCUGUACUGCUUUCCCAGGCCACAGCAGAGAGCUGGACUGGAAGAGGAGCAGCCGGACUAGAACCGGCGCCCAUAUGAGAUGCUGGCGCUUCAGGCCAGGGCUUUAACCCACUGCGCCACAGCACCGGCCCCUAAAAACAUUUUGAUUCUUUAUUUUACCAGUCAUUUUAGUGCUUUUCGUAGACUUCACUUUUAAUUGUGUGCAGAUUUGGGGCCAGGAUUGUUGUGCUAUGGGUUGAGCUGCUACCUACAAUGCUGGCACCUCUUAAGAGCAACAUUUUGUGUCCUGGUUGUAUCAUUUCUUAUCCAGCUCCCUGCUGAUAUGCCUGGGAGAGCAGAAGAAGAUGGCUCAAGUAUCUACGUGGGAGACCCAGGUGUUUUUCCAGGUUGCUGGUUUCAGCCUGGCCCAGCCCCUGCUAUUGCAGCCAUGUGGGGAGUAAGCUAGCGAAUGGAAGAUCUCUGUCUCGCCCUCUCUGUGUAACUCUAAUAAAUAGAUAAAUAAAUCUUUUAGAAAAUAGUAUGCAGUUUGGUCAAGACUCUAAGCAUGUAUUUGAGUUGAUUUUGAAAGUGACUUGCAUAAAACGAGUGUCUUCUAACUUGGAACACUGCUAUGCUGUCUGAUCGUUCCAUCUGAAGGGUGAAAGUAUCAAUGUGAUUUCAGACAGAAGGCAAGAGCUAUAUUUAAUUAUCUUAAGUUGGCCUUUGUUGUUAAAAAAAUCAAAAAGUUUGGACAACUCAGAUGAUAUUUACUGUCAUUUACUAUACCAUUUCGGGUGAUAUUUACCACUAUUUCUGGAACUCAGUUUAAUGGCUGUAGGAUUUUAUGCUAGCCCAGAGGCUGACAAACUUUCUCUGUAAAGGUUAGAUGGUAAUCAUUUUAGGUACAGCUGUUUGACACAGCCAAAAUAGUGCCUAAGUGUUCCAAUAAAAUGUGACACUGAAAUUUGAAUUUAAUAGAACUUUCACAUGUCACAAAUACUCAUCUUCUGGAUUUUUAAAAUUUUAAUCUUUAAAGAUUUAUUAAUUUGAAAUGCAGAACAACAGAAAGAGAGAGAGAAAGAUGAAUGUAUCUGCUAGUUCACUCCCUAAAUGGCUGUGACAGCUGUGUCUGAACCAGGCAGAAGCCAGGAGCUGGGAACGCCAUCCUCGUGGUCCCAUAUGAAUGGCAGGGGCCCAUGUGCUUGGACCAUCUUUCAUUGCCUCCCCAGGCACAUUAACAGGAAGCUGGAUCAGAAGCAGUGGUGCUGGGACUCAAAUCCGUGCUCCUGUAUGGUGGUUUAACCUGCUGUGCCACAAAGCUGGCCCUCCUCUGGUUUUGUUUUUGUUUUGUUUAGUUUAUGCCAAUUAAAAAUGCAGAACCCACGCAUAGCUUGUGCGCCACAUGGAAACUGGAAGCAGGCUGAGUUUGGCUCCCGCACUGUGGUUUUCCCAUCCUCUUUCUGGGAUGGGGACAUACUAGUGUAUCACUGUCAACUAUAAAGUGCACUGCCAGAAAUGUAACACCGGUAAAUUUGUAAAAGUGUGAAGGCCGGCGGAUACUUGUUUUAAGAUGAAUUCUGCCGGCGCCGCGGCUCACUAGGCUAAUCCUCCACCUUGCUGCGCCGGCACACCGGGUUCUAGUCCCGGUCGGGGCGCUGGAUUCUGUCCCGGUUGCCCCUCUUCCAGACCAGCUCUCUGCUGUGGCCAGGGAGUGCAGUGGAGGAUGGCCCAAGUGCUAGGGUCCUGCCCCCCAUGGGAGACCAGGAUAAUUACCUGGCUCCUGCCAUCGGAUCAGCGCGGUGCGCCAGCCGCGGCGGCCAUUAGAGGGUGAACCAACGGCAAAGGAAGACCUUUCUCUCUGCUCUCUGUCUCUCUCUCUCACUGUCCACUCUGCCUGUCCAAAAAAAAAAAAAAAAAAAAAGAUGAAUUCUGAUUGACUUGUUGCUAUAAAUAGUCUUCCUAUGUACUUACAUUCUACUUUCUGGAGGUGAUGUGAAAGACGUGGCAGUAAAAAGCGCAGAGCUAGGGAAGUAGCUGUUUCCUUUGAUCUAAGCUGUAGUGAUAUGAACUUGAUUGCUGGGCUGCUCUUCAUGCCAAGGAUUUUGCUGCUUCGGAGUGAGUGAUUCCCCUGUAGAAACUGUUUGGAGUUUUAUCAGAAUCUGCUGCACUGUCCAUGUGAUGCUGGGGAUCUCCCUGCUGUAUCAGGGUGGAAAAGUAUUUGAAAACCUCUGUACCAGGCCAGAUGCUGAGAUGUGUAUAUUUUGUUGUUGUAUAUAAUUAUAUAUCGCUGUUCUCUUAACAGAAUUGUUUAGUGAACAGUCUGACUGUACUCAGUGUGUUUAUAUAUAUGUAUAUACACAUUUGUGCAUACAUGAUGGCAUGUGUGUUUACCCGUGAAUGCCUACUAUGUAUACAUUCCAAGAGCAUUUGGAGCUCUUCAUCAUGAUUUUUUCUGUUUCUAAUCUCUUGACUACUUUAAAACCCAAGAGAUAGAACCUUGCGAAUAUCCCAGGCAAAACUAUCCUUGAGUUUAUAGCAAUUUAGUUUGUAGAAAGGAUUCUUGGAUCUUUUAUUAAGCCUUGCCUCCUCCAUUCAGCAUUAGAUGAAUUGGUAGGAAUAUAGAGAAUAUCAUUGUUGAAUUGGACUUUUCUACACUGUUAGUUAAGAACCCAACACUAGUGUUAUCUGAGUAGCUGGCAUGUUAAUGCAACCUAUACAUGUUUUGCAUUUAGUUAGAUUUCUUAUUCAGUAUUCAAUCAGCAAAUUAUUUAGUUUCAAGUUGGACUUCUUUGUUUUUAUAUUUCACAGAUGACUUGUGUAUAAGUUCCUUCUCAUGAAAAUAGUGACUAGGCUAAUGUGAUUUAAAAUAAGUCUGGUUACUGAAAAUCUAAGAAAUCAUCAAGCUGUUUGGGAUUUGUCGUUGAAAAUCCACCAAUGCUUGAUUAAUGCUUUCAGGUCUCCCCUGGAUAGUUGCUGUUAGACUAACAGCCUCUCAGUUUGAUUGUUCUGCAGAGUGAUCAGUUCUGUAAGGUUAGGGGUGCUGCCAUGGUGUGGCAUUCACCCAAGUCACCACAGUCCCUGCUGUCUCACCACAUAGAGUGUCCCGGCCACCUGGAAGAGUGAACGCAGCUUCUCCACAUGCCUUAUUCCCACUGACGCAUUGAUAUGCUGGAACAGUCUGGCUCCAGGAGUAUUAAUAUACUUUUUUUGAGACUGUCUACAAAAUACUAUUUUGUAAAAACUAUGCUUUUAAAUAGACAUUGAUGGGUUAUAUUUGUUUUAUAAUAAUUGUGUACCUAAUAUUCAAUUGUGAUUAAACAUAAAUGUAUAUUUAUAAUCCUGUCCAAUGUGAAUUUUUACUCUAAGAUGUGUUAGUACAUUACUAAUAAAGACAUGGAUUUCUAUUUACAUGAAAUAAUUGUAGCAAUAUUCCUAAAUGCUACCUAAAUAAUUGUUCUGUCCAUUUGCCAUUAUAAGUACUUUUAUCUUUAGAAGAUUGUAUUACAGUCAGAAUAUAUUAACCAGAUUUAAACUGUAAGAUAUAAAAUCUCAACUGAAAUUCUUCCUGUUGUUGUAAUUAAAGUUAGUUUUUAAUUCCUUCGCUCUGGCA